GACGGGGGAACGGGGGGCUCGUCUGAUUAAGGGGCCCUGAACCAAGGAGCGGCGGAGUUUGAGGAGCCUGCAGCUCGGGGUUCGGCGGCAGCGGCCUCGUCGGCCGAAGUUGGGGGGGGUGGGGCGCCGAGCGCGCGGGGUGGGGGGGGUCCUGGUCUCUGGCUUCUCGACUCGGUCCUGUUUCGACGGCGAACAUGUCUCGGCCUGUCAGAAAUAGGAAGGUCGUUGAUUAUUCACAGUUUCAGGAAUCUGAUGAUGCCGAUGAAGAUUAUGGAAGAGAUUCAGGCCCUCCAGCUAAGAAAAUUCGAUCAUCUCCCCGAGAAGCUAAAAAUAAGAGACGGUCUGGAAAGAAUUCUCAGGAAGACAGCGAGGAUUCUGAAGAAAAAGAUGUGAAGACCAAGAAAGAUGAUUCUCACUCAGCAGAGGACAGUGAAGAUGAAAAGGAAGAUCAUAAAAAUGUGCGCCAGCAACGACAGGCAGCCUCCAAAGCAGCGUCGAAACAGAGAGAGAUGCUCAUGGAAGACGUAGGCAGUGAAGAAGAACAAGAGGAGGAGGAUGAAGCGCCAUUCCAGGAGAAUUCCGGCAGUGAUGAAGAUUUCCUCAUGGAAGACGAUGAUGAUAGUGACUAUGGCAGUUCAAAAAAGAAAAACAAAAAGAUGGUUAAGAAAUCCAAACCUGAGAGAAAAGAAAAGAAAAUGCCCAAACCCAGACUAAAGGCAACAGUGACGCCAAGUCCAGUGAAAGGCAAAGGGAAGGUGGGUCGCCCCACCGCUUCCAAGGCAUCCAAGGAAAAGACUCCUUCUCCCAAAGAAGAAGACGAGGAGCCGGAGAGCCCCGCCGAGAAGAAAGCCUCCGCAAGCCCACCACCUGAGAAGUCUGGGGAUGAAGGGUCUGAAGAGGAAGCCCAGUCUGGGGAGGAUUAAAAUGUUGAUGGUUUGGGGAGAGAUUUUAUUAAAAAAAAAAAAAGAAAAAAAAAGAAAAAAGGGGGGAGGGAGAAAACCUACUUAAGCUAGAACAUGGCUGUGGCGGUGGCUUGACUCACGGGCUUUCAGUGCUUUUCUCCUUUUGUUGAAAGUAACAUUUUCUCUCUUUUUUAAGAAAACCAUUGUAUGUUUAAUUUUCCUUUUUAUCUACUAGUCUUCUCUUUGCCACGCCCCCUCUCCCCUCCCUUUCCCAAUGAAAGCCAUGUCAAAUGAAUCACUGGAUCGAUUGCUUCAUCUUUGUAUCUUUAAUGGAAGGGGUACCACAGUUGUACUGCAAGAAGAUUUGAGGUGAACACUAUGGAAAUUUUGCUUUUCACUAAAUGGUAGUAAGUUGGAACAGUAAUCAAAAUGUAUAGAAGAGUUUUAGUUCCAAAUGAUUGCUUCUUCCUUGCCCUGGACUUAAAACAAACAAACAAAAAAAGCAGUUAUCUAAUACAGGUUUAUAUAUCAGUAUACACAAAGAUUGAUGUCUGAAAGUAAUUAUGACUUUAAGCCUUCACUGAUGGGGCAGGGAGGAGAUAAAGAUGCAUUCUGGAUUGUUAUCUCAAGAGUGUUCAUAACUUCAUAGGAGGCAAAGCAAAGAACGGAGUUUCCUCAUCUUGUUUUAGCACAUGAGCUUUUAAAAAAUUUCAUCCCUUGUUAUUUCAAAGAGACUCAGAGCCAGUGAUCCUUUUAUCCUGCUACAGUCCUUAAGGAACUUUUUUUUUUUUAGGGCCCGCCAAAACAAAUUACUCUUGAUUUUUUUCAUUUGGUUUUCUGAUGAAUGGUUCAUGUUUUAAAAUAUCUAUGUAUUGUAUCUAUUCUGUUUCUUGGAUAAAAUUUUAUCAAGAACCUCCCUCCACCCCCCCAGAUUUUAGAAUUUAAAUGGCACGAUCGAUACAUCACAGUGGAUUUCUUCUCAAACUGACAAUGUUUAGUUUUAAGAAAAUAAAGUACUAGUUAAUGUGAAACUCAA